UCUAUAUGUUCCUUUGCAUUGUAUAUACCUGUAAAACGAUACUUUCCACCUGACAUAUCAUCAAGCUCGACAGUGUUUACAACCAUUUGUGAAACCAAAAGUAAUAAGAUAUUACAAGAAAAGUAUUCAUUCUCCUACCUUUCUACAUGGUUAAAAGGCAUAUUUUUUAUUUAUACUAGUAAAUCUCUUAUACCGAGCUUCAAACAAAUUAUAGUUCCUUCUAUCGAUUUAUCCAUUUAAAAAAAACUUAUGGUCCGGUCAAACGCCUCUAUGCUCUCGAAUGAAGACGCUGGAAUAGAGCCACUUUCCAAGAGUUCUUCUCAUGAGCAAAAUGUGUAUCGGGUUUCUUUAAUACAGGAUGCUCAAUCGCCGCUUAAUGCCAGAUCGCAAUUAAAUUAUUUGUAUCUUGAAAAAAAUACCAGGAACCCUUCCCAUUUAUCUCUGCGAGACCAAGAAAAGUGUUUGAUUGAUGAGCUUUUAAACGCAUUUAUGGGGAUGGAAGGGAACUAUCUUCAUUUACAAGAUGCUUCCAAUCUAACAGAUUCACAAAGAAUCGUUUCUCCUCCGUCUUUUUCUAUAUGUCCUGGUUUCGAUUUGGGGCUUAAGGAUGUCGUUUCUGAAACGUUGGAAAUGGGCUCGUACUACUUGAGUAUUGUUACAUUUAUUGAAUCUAGAAGUCAAUUUGAAUAUGGAUACAUAAACCAUGCAUUGUGUGCAGCUUUGAGAAGAUUUAUGUCGGAUUACCUUGUACUUCUCAUGCAAUGCGAACACAGGAGCCAAGUGGAUCCUGGUUUUUCUUUGCAAACUCUUCGUUUAUAUAUUCUACCUACUUCUCGUUCUAUGAGACUAGUGUAUUUUAUAUUACGCGAUCUUGUAUUGUCGACAGAGCAUGAUCAGCAGGAGGACGAUAUGGGUUUGGACAAUAUUGACGACUUACUGGAAAAGCUAAACCAGGGAAAUGACAUAUCACAAAUUAUGCAUAGUUCAAUAUCGAAGAAAAAAGUCUGUAAAGGUGGUCGUGUUCUAACCUACUUAACAGAUGCCUUAACAAAUUAUGCUGGUGACCCUAUAGCUCGAAACAUUUUAACCUUUCUUCUCCGAGAGUCCUCAAGUCCCUAUAUGAGAUUCUUGAAUUCUUGGAUUCACGAAGGCAAAAUCGACGACCCAUAUGAAGAAUUUAUGAUCAAAUCUCACAAAAGUUUAAGUUCAGAAAGGCUUGACGAUGACUAUACAGACGAAUACUGGGAAAAGCGCUAUGUUGUUCGUGAAGAUCAGGUUCCUACACAGCUAUCCCAGCUUAAAGAUAAGGUUUUGCUUGCAGGGAAGUACUUGAAUGUUGUUAAUGAGUGCAAGCAGGCCUCUGGAGAGAAUGCUUGUCAAACUUUUACAGUCAGCCCUGAAGAAAAAAAGUAUGAAUGGCCAGAUUCAUUUGAAGAUGAAAAUUUUACCCAAAACAUUAUGGAUGCAUAUGUCUAUGCAAACGAGUCACUUUUGCUGUUGCUGCAAUCUUCACAGUCACUUUAUUCUCACUUGCAUGCUUUGAAACAUUAUUUCUUUUUGGAUCAGUCUGAUUUUUUCUCUACCUUUUUAGAUACGGCACAGCAAGAACUACGAAAGCCUGUAAAGCUUAUUUCCGCAACCAAACUACAGUCGCAGCUGGACCUGUCCCUCCGGCAACCGGGGACAAUUACAGCAGUCGACCCGUUUAAGGAGUACUUGACACUUGAAUUGAAUCAGACGUCUUUAAUUGACUGGCUGAUGCAUAUUGUGAGCAUUAGUGGAUUGGAAGAUUCGGCGUUGGUACAAAGUGAAAAGGGAAUCAUGGACCAUUUAACGAAUCGGAUGGACAGUGGGAGUGACCAAAAGAGUCAAAGCUUCUCAUCGAAAGGAGCAAUGGAAAAAGAAAUUGAUGGAUUUGAAGCGAUGCAGUUUGGAUAUAAAGUUCCGUUUCCCUUAUCCUUAAUUUUAUCGCGAAAAGCGAUUAUUCGAUAUCAGUUAUUAUUUCGGUUUUUUUUAAUGGUCAAGCGUGUAGAAAUGCAAUUGGAAAACAGUUGGCUGCAUCAUAGCAAGAAACCCACUUGGAAAAACAAAUCGCCAUUUCCUCGGAUUGAGCAAUGGAAAAAGAAGGCAUGGUUUCUGCGAACCCGUAUGCUCACACUGGUACAGAAAAUUCGCUACUACAGUAUGAACGAAGUCAUCGAGACGCACUGGCCUGUAUUUAUGAAAAGUAUUGAACAUGCGCGUACUGUAGACAAUUUAAUGCAAGAGCAUGUUGAUUUUUUGGAUACCUGUUUAAAAGAAUGUAUGUUGACAAACUCAAAAUUGCUAAAGGUGAAUGCAAAGCUUCUAGGGACUUGCGGCAUGUUUGCGUCGUACACCAGUUCAUUUACAAGAUCCUUGCAACUUGCAGAGACAGGCGAGGAGACAUACGACGACGUAAGGAUGGACAAAAUGGAAGAAAUUUUAAAGCGAUAUGAAGAGAAUUUUGUCCAUCAUUUGCGAGUUUUGAUGGACGCUUGUAACUUUUACGCGAGUACUGAGACGGCAGCAUUAUUGAAUCUGGUUAUGAGAUUGUCUACCUAA